UCCACACUGCGCUCUCAAACAGUGCAAAACAGUCAUAGUGUGAAGAGUAGUGCUUUAACUUGAACAUUGCUUUUCCUUUAAGGUCUACGCUUACAUUUGAGUUUUACAGAUUUUUCAUGUUGGUUUUUAUAGAUUAAUCAUGAUGGAUUUUUCAUGUUUAUAUAUAUUUUUUAUAGGUUUUUAUAAAACAGCUGACAGAUCACUGGAAUGUUUCUAUUUGCAAGAGCAGGUAAAAGUUAAAAAAAAAAAAAAAAAAAGAGUGGACGAUGUCUUAGAAAAGGCAUGAUUUUCAUCAAGAUAUGAGGUGCAUCUGUGAAGACGCGGGGAAACACCAAGAGGAAUGGCAUCGUGGGAAAAUCUGCCACUCAGAGGAGAUGGACAACAACCAAGUGGAGGGGAUCUUUAAAAGAUGGAGGACAUGGGAGGAGAUGCUGCUCGGGAUAGGAGGAGUGGGGGGGGGGCAUAGGAUGGCGUGAGUACCGAGGCCGGUGGUUGGUUUGAUCUGAGCCACGUGUGCGUCCAGCCACAUCUCCUCGCCGCUUCAUGGAUGUUGAAAUGUAGGCUUCCCCUGCCUCCCAGUCCCUUCUGUCUUGGCCCAGGUAGGUCUUCUGACACUGAGGUGAUGCACGAGACCUUGAUGAAGAAAUGAUGUUCCAGUCUGUCACUUUCCAGUGGGUUUACAGCCCAAUAACUAGUACCCGGGUGUCCAUGAACCAGGCACUCAACUGUUCAAUAACCAAUGGUGAUCGUUUCAAGGUGUGAAUCCCUUUUAGCAAAUGGCGGUGAAGCAGAGCAGUGCUUGAAUACAGAAAACUCCCCGAGUAUAAAAAGAAAAAAAAACAACAACAAAGGAUCUGCUGGCAAUGUCAUCACUCUUCUGUGUGAUGUGGUUAAACCACUGAUUCAGGCUGAGGAAUACGCUCCACCACAGCACAGGGCAGCCAUGAAGUGUGCACCGUCACCAUCUCUAUCCCCCGCCAUGAAUGUAACUGUUAGCUGAUAGUAUGUGAUCAACAGCACUGUGGCAUCUUGCAUCCUGCUGCUUCACCACUGAAAUAAAUCCUAGCUGGACUAUUCCCUCUGUGUUGUGAAAAUGGCCGAAGAGGAUUUCCAGCUCAGACUUGUCGACAGCAAAGACUGCACAGUGGACAACGGACUCCAAUCAGCUGAUUUCCCAAUACCUUCGCUAGCAUCCCUCCAUCUCAGGGACAAGGCUGUGGUUAUCAAGAAGAGCGCCAUCCAUAUGGCAGAUAAUCCCGAGCCCCAAUCUGUAUUCCCUGUGGUGUCAUCAUCCUGCAACCAAUCCCAACAGCAACCAUACAUAUCCAUGGCUACUAGGCCUGAGCCUUCACCAGCAGAUCAAGAGCUCUUGGAGCCAGAGUCGGGUCAAAACGACAGCGAAGCUCAGUCUCACGCCCUGACGGCGUCUCUGCAGGACCUUUCUUCUCUUGUUGAUCAUGAUGAUGUGUAUCCUGUUCUGAGAAACAACAUUACCAAGGAAGGAGAACUUCAACCCAAUAACAACAUAACCAAAGCGAUGGCAGGGUGUGAUUCCAGUGCUGAUGACAACCAGCUGUCCAAUGCAGAGUGGUACUGGGGCAACAUCUCAAGAGAGGAAGUAAAUGAGAUGAUGAGAGACACUCCUGAUGGCACAUUCCUGGUCCGAGAUGCUUCCAGUGGCGUUACAGGGGACUAUACUCUCACACUAAGGAAAGAUGAUUCCAACAGACUGAUAAAGAUUUUCCAUCAUGAGGGCAAAUAUGGCUUCUCUGAGCCACUGCCCUUCCUCUCUGUGGUGCACCUGAUCCAGUAUUUCCAGAAAAAAUCCCUAGCCCAGUACAACUCCAAACUGGACACCCGGCUACUCUACCCCAUAUCAAGAUACCAGCAGCAGCAGGUUGUGAUGGAAGUUAACAUUGAUGCAGUUGGAGAACAGCUGAGGAUAUUUCAGGAUCGAUACAAAGAGAAAAGCAAAGAGUAUGACCGUCUGUUUGAGGAGUUUAACCAAACCUCCCAGGACUUGCAGGGCAAACAGACAGCCAUCGAGGCUUUCAGUGAAAUCAUUCGGAUCUUUGAAGAGGAGUGUGAAACUCAAGAACGCUACAGCAAGGAAUACAUCAACAUGUUCCUCACAUUAAACAGCAGCACUGAGACAGACAAGAUACAGAGCAACUCUGAAGAGUUGCAGUCAAAGGUGGAGGAGAUUCACAACAGCAAGAAGAAGUUGGAGGAAGAGCUGAGAAAGAAGGCGAUGGCUCACAUGGAGGUGGACAGGAAAAUGCACAGUCUGAAGCCCGACCUCAUGCAGCUCAGGAAGAUCAGGGAUCAAUAUCUGCUCUGGCUCACCCAGCACGGCACCAGGCGGAGCCAGAUUAAUGACUGGUUGGGUAUCAGCGAUGAAGAAGAAGACCUGUACACCAUGGCGGACGACACACAUCACGAUGAAAGGAGCUGGUACGUUGGUGGUAUGAGACGUAAGGAGGCAGAGGAGCUGCUGAGGGGGAGGAGGGACGGGACCUUCCUCAUCAGAGACAGCCAGACUCAGAGAGGCUCCUUUGCAUGCUCUGUUGUUGUGGACGGAGACGUGAAGCACUGUGUGAUCAACAGAACGUCCACGGGGUACGGCUUCGCUGAGCCCUACCACCUGCACUCAUCGCUGAGAGAGCUUGUCCUCCACUACCGGCACACAUCCCUGAUCCAACACAACCAGCAGCUGAAUGUAACCCUGGCCUGGCCCGCUCUCAGCCAUCAGCCCAGCUGAGACACACCAGCACGCCACCCGGAUGGCGCUUUCCCAAAGCUACACAGUACAGUAUUAGCGCUGAGGACGCACCAAUAUUGACACUGUUACCAGCACAUGCGUUACUUUACCGGUUAGUGUUGUCACCAUACCAAUAUUUUCACAGUUUUCUCAGUGCUUGGAUUUGAAUAUGUAAUAAUUCUACAUUGGUAUGAUAUGCACAUGCAACAUGCACUGAAAUACUUUGCUUAGACACAUUCGAGCCAUCUUUUCAACAGUAGUUUUAAGGUUGAUUAGGUCUUGGUGAUUGUCAUCUUUGUUGGUUACAUAUAGUUGUUGAAUAUUUAGCUUCUACCAUCAGUUUGUCAAGUAAUUCAGGUGAACCAGGAUGUAGUUUGAGAGCUGGGGAUUAUUUGAAACAGCCAAACUGCAGCCGUGUUCUAAUAUUUUUUCCUUAACGUUAUAACAGUGGCAAUAAAAAGUACUUGGUCAUAAAAUGUGAUCUGACAUCAUCCUACCAUUUUCCUCCCACACAAUACAAUGAUGUGUGUUAUUAGUUAAAAUUAAUAUUUUUUGUCCAUUAUUGUUAAUUCGGCUCAAAAGCUGUUCAGAGCUCGAUUUUUGAGCCAUAAUUCAAUUUAGACCUCAUUUCCUUUUUUUUCCUGCAAUCCUGGGUUAUUAUUCAUCUAUAUUUAAAUUAAACCAUCCGAACUUUUGACACAGGCAUGAUCAUUUCAUAAUGAGUUUCAUUACAAAAGUAAAGUAAUGAGCUGCAAGUGCUGCAGUGACAGCAAGCUGGGGUUAUCACAAUUCUGUCAUCCUGUACUAUGAUACAAAAUCAUAGACUGUUUCAUCAUGGUUUCAAUCUCACUUUCAAAAUUGUUACAAACCCUCGUAAAUGAAGAUAAUUCGGGUCGACUUCACUUUUUCUUGCCACUGUAUUCCUCGUGUUAAAAAUCACAUUUACUCACUAUUUGCAUAUGAAGCCUGUAAAAUACAGCAGGGAUUAAGCAUUUAGCUUUUACAGAAGACAAUGCUGAAUUAUAUCUUUUGCAGCAGAACUGAAAUUGACUAAUCACAAAAACACUAGUACUGUUUUAGCAAGUGUCUCAAAACUUUGCUAGUAUUAAUCUUGCAACACUUUUGUCAGUGUAGAGCUUUGUGAAAAUAAUAUCAGGUUAAUCCUAGCAUCCAACUUUCAGAAUACUAAUACAAAACUAAAAAGCACAAUCAGAAAAAUUAUUAUUUUUGUUGCUAUUUUUUUAAUAUAUUUUUAAAAGAUAGUAUAUUUCUUUGGUGGAGAGAUAUACGAACCCUAAAUGUGUCAGCACAACCUUUUGAAAAAAAAAAUCCUGAGAGGCAAGCACAACAAAUCUUAAAAUAGUUGAUAAGCUAACCAUUGAAUUUAGGGUGUCAUGGUCUCAAAAAUUUGGCCACUCUUGCCUUAUUCUGCACCUCAAAUGUUUUUUAUCCAACAACCCACAUAAUACUUCGAUUUAAAUGAUAUAUACAUAUAAAUCAGUGCAACUAUGUAAAGACUGAGCAGGCAUACACCACUUAAUCCAAAACAAGACAACCAGACUACACAACUGUAGAUUUGAGAGAGAAUUCACUGACAAAAGAUUUCACAUAUUGAUUGCUGGUUGAAAGCUUUACUUUUUGUCAUUAGGCAUAUACAAAUUAUAUUAUUGCUGGUACUGACACAAUUUUUUCUUUCUUUUUUUAAAUGGUGGUUUCCACGGACACUUCAGUAAUCAAUGGUAAUUAAACUCUUGAUAAUUUUUAAUUGUUGAUAUUACAAUAAGAAAAUAAAAACACAUUUUUCUGUAUUAUUGGUUUGUAGAAAAGUGACAAAGUGCAGUUUACAUACUUCCAAGUUUCUUAGUUGUAUAAGAAGUAUAAAUAAUAUUCAGAUAAGUCCCGCUGUUUUAAACCCGAUUUCUGUAAAGUUUUUUUUAAGAGAUUUGUUGAGAUUGAGAUUUGAUUGAGUCAGUGGUCUGACAGCUUUGAAAAGUGGUCUGGAGUCUGAUGUGAAGUGAUAGUAUGCUGUACAAUUAUCGUAGGGAAUUAUUGAAAAGUGCCUUUAAGUGCUUCUGUUCUAGCCAUCGUAAUUGUAGACAACAGUCCAAACCGGACACAGUCUGUGUCCAGGAUACAAAGCUACAAUAGCUUGAGUGAAAAAGGACAAUAGACCUUAUUCCCCAGUAGGUUGGCACAUUGAAUUUACAUCAUACUUAGUAUCUGAAGCUGUAAACAUAGCAUAGUGAUCGGUGAGUGAACAACAUAAAUUUGAAAAAAAAUCAUUUGAAGUAUUGCAAGGUGAGGUGGAGAGGUAGAAAAAUUGGUGUAUUGAUAAAAGUCUGCAAAUAAUUUAUGACAUACACCAAUACCUGGCUACAGACCUAUAAACCAGGUGUUUGAAUUCAUUUAUGUGACAUCUUCAAUAUAAUGAGAAAAAAAGGCUUGUUUUUAGUGGCUUUGAACCUCGGAUAUUCAUUCAAAUUUAGCAAUGAUCCAAAGUGUACAGCUGAAAACUUGAAAACGAAAGACUCAGAGGCUAUACACGUUAUCAGAUAUUUGCAGUAAUGUUAGCUACUAGUGAACACGGUAUGGUUCUAUCUAUGGUGGACCAAAUAGAGCAGUACCAUCACAUGAGAUAAAAAUCAAGAUAUUUAAAGCCAUGUUGGUACACAGAAGCAGAACAUAAUUUUUCUUUCUUCAUAAGUGUGAAGUUUAUUCAAAACUGUGAUAGAAAAAGUAUGUCUAGUUAGUAUAAUAAAUAUCAAUUGAAAUGUAAACUGUUUACCCUUCAAGACUAUCCAGGUCCCUCCAGUCCUUGUUAGACAACUGUGACUUGAUCUUCUUUGAUUGUGCACUUUGUGAGCGGAGAUGAAGUGGUGCUUGUGGGUUGCAAUGAAUUAUUAAAACUAUUUUUAUAUAGGGGACAGUGCAGUAGUCACUUAAUAUAGCAUUGCCACUUUCGGUUGGUAAUUUAAAUCAAGCAAACAAGAGUAGUUUUUUACAUUUUGUUGUUGGUUUGAUCAGAAUAUUUUCAUUUUUCUGUAUCAUAUUUUUGUCCUAUUUAAUGGGUCACUUAAAUUGCACUUAUCUUAUCUAGUCAAAUACAUGCUUAACGCUCUUUGCGUAUGAACACUUGAAGCUAUCAUACUUUUAUUGCCAUGAAGAGAGUUAGAAAAAUGUGUCUUAUUUUUACUUUGUGGCAGUGAAAAGGUGUAAAUGUUUGAUUCUGCAUGCCAUCAUUAUGUAAAAGAUAAGUACCUAAAUAUAAUAAUAUCUAUACAUAUGCAGUAUUAAAUAAUACUUACAUUAUGCUUGGAUACUGGUCUGAUACUGGUUCUGGUACCAAGUUCACCACCAGCUAAAAAAUAUGUCUGGUUAACUUUGAUGGGUGAGCCGACUACUGUGCAAUUUUGCCUCCAUGAUUGGUGUUUCAUUGUUCUAAUUUUCUUUAAAUGUUCUUCCCUGUAAUCAAAAGUCAGUCAUAGAGUUUAGUCCGUACUGUGACCUCUUCAUUUUAAAAGAAAAUGGAAAAGCUUUCCAAUUGGUUGUCGUCUGCUAUAUGCUUGUGACCCCCAUAAGUCUGUGAUGUAGUGUUGCUCAGCAAUAAAAUGUCAAAUUCUGCCAAUGUGUGACACAACCACUAGAUGGCAGUCCAAGCAGGUCUUUUAAACCCUGUGUGUAGUUACUCUUCAAAGCUAGAAUCUAAGUUUGAAAUUUUGGACUGUUUCCUCUGUUUUGUAAGACCCUGUAUGAAUGGACAAAAAGGUUAAAGAGUCCAGUGUGUAGAAUUUAAGACAUGCUGUCAAUUAAGCAACGAAUGAAUUUGACAUUACCUGCUGUCACCACAAUGUUGCGCUUUCUUCUUUUUAUCCUGAAUUUCCUGUUUACUAAAAUGCUAAAUUCUAAUCAUUAUCACAAAAGAUGUGAAGGGUACAUGCCUGGCAUGUAAAAUCUAAAUGGAGGCAUCUAUCUCUGAUCAUUGAAGAUGUCUUUUAUUUUUAUUUUUGCACAAUUAAUACAUUAGCUGAGUGUUAGAUUAAGUACAUCAAUGGAAACCUAGGUGUUUAUUUAAUAUUGUGAAUUGAAAAAGAAAAAAAAACUACAUAUAAUGUACACCCAGUUAACUUUGUAGCAGGAAUACAGAAAAAAUGUACAGCCUAUUUGUGCACUAACGGAUUACACCACUGCUUUGUGGAGUUUAGAUUUAAAGCAUAGCAUUUGCACAAAAGUAUCUUCUAUGAGGUGGAGAUACUGGCUUCAUGUACAUCCACCCUCUGACUGAAGUAGGUGGACAUGUGGUGGUGCUAAAGGUGGGCAGGCUACUGGUGAGAUUGAUAAGUCACUGACAAAGCACUGAUACAUGUGUUCAAGUCUUUGUUUCUCUGUGGCAUCUGUAAUAAGCCGUCCUCUAAAUAGUUCUGUAAAGUCAUGACAUCUUCGUAUAUUUUAAUUUUUUGUGCACAAUCAGUUUUUUCUCUGUUGUUGUAAAUUUUCGUAACAUGUGUAAUAUCCCUGUGCAAACAAAAUUGAACAAACAAGAUACCGAACACACUUCAAAAUCAUGACUGUUUAAUAGAAAAAUAGUUGGUGUCAUAAAAAUGUGUGUCAUGAUGUACUUUCAGCUUUAAGUGUUCCGAGAAAAGGGUUGUGUGCUGUCAAGACAUCUCCAUCAUUUGGUUUGGUAUGUAGUUUGAGAAAUCUUAUUUGUAAGAAUUCAUGUCAAGAAGUUCUUGUCUAAAAUAAUUUUUCAUAACUUUUCAAUCACGUGUUUAAAAAAAAACAGACUGAAGUCUUACUAAGACAAUUAUUUAUUUAGAUGUAUACCUAAGAACUAGCUAUUUAGGUAAAACUUUAAAUUAAAAUUCCUUUCCAAAGAGACUGAAAUCACUUGUCUUAUUGAAAUUUUGGGCUGGAUACCAUGGAUUUGCGGCAUGGGGAACUAAAUCAGCUUGACUGUUGUAUCGAUGUUAUCAGGCUGUUUGUCUUAUGAAAAAUUAGACUCAGUCAGAUGACUUUAGGAAGGACCUUCCAACUAGUUGUCUUGGUUUGAUGAGAUAACCUUGUGAGAUGCAGGAGUGUCGGAAGUGGAGAUGUAUUAAAUAAGAAGGUAACCUUGUUUGGUUUAAUGGAAAGGUGAUGGUUUGUUGUGGUAAUAAUCCUCAGUUUAAUGCCUAGAAGAGUGAUGUAUUUUCACAUAGUUCCCACUCUCUGGGAGUUAUGUUCAAAUUGGAUUAUUUUACAUGAAACAAUUUGUGUGAAUAUUGAGCAACAAUGCAGAAAGUAGUAUGCCAUGUAGAUAGAGAAGCAUUGGGUGAAGUAGAGAAAGCUGAAAGGUUGUAUGGGUUUGUAACAUACUUGCCUAGCAAAGAUACUGUUAGAUUAAUUACAGAAAAUGCUUGAACUGAAUGUUCAAACCCAUUUGUAUUGAUUGCAAUUUUAAUCGCAUUCAUUUUACAGCCUUUUUGCAGAUUGGUCAAGAUUACUGCUCCGUGUGGUGAAGAUUGUUAUACAGAAAGGGUUAUGUAGGUACAGGUAGAUCGGUUUAUUUAUGACGGAGUUUAUGUUACUGUAAGUGUAAGAAUGGUUGUCUAUUGUGGGUGUGGUUUACUUAUGAUUGGGGUCAAAGUGCUCCCAUUUUGGCCAUUUGCAGGUUCAUGGGGAGUCUACUUGAAAUGGGCUAGACUGCAGUAGCUACAGUCACAAUGAAAUUGGUUCUGCUAUACCAACUUGAAAUCAACUAGCCUGUAGGCAGGCAUGUUAAAUAUUACUACUUGGUGACGUAGAUGCUUUACAGGGAAAAGAAAAUGCAAAUGAGGCAUUUCAGGCAGUGUUUUCUUGUGGGCAAGAAGGACCCCCUUUGCUGCAAAACUCUUUGUAACUUAACAGACAUUUUACAUGCACAAAAAAAGGUAAAUGACACGCGUCAGAUAAGGCAAAAACAGAAAAGCUUAACAUGUGCACUUAAAGAGGAAGAUUGGUUAGUCAUUGAUAGUUACAAUCACACAAAGCUCAGCUGCCAUUAAAUGGCUGGCAUAUACCCAUUUACUUUCUUCAAUGCCAAUACAUGGUGGAAUAUAGCCGUAAUAUUUGUCUAAAACAAACCAAUACAUUUUGUUUGUUUCCCAUUUCACCUUUAGUUGGACGAGACAGUAGUAAUCAACUUCUUAAAUGUUUGAAAUCCAGGGACUUGAUUUAUUUAGAAAAGGUUUUGAUUUUGAGUUGUGCAUUGGAUCAAAUACCUCUACUUUUCUCUGCAUUGCAUUCAACGUAGUACCUGUAAAAAUGUUGUUUCUGUAACUACAAUGUGACGGUAUGGAUUUGUCUUUCUGAUUUAAUGCAUUUAGUUUCCCUUUCCAAUUCUUAAUAGCCUGUUGCUGUGAGAACACACUGUUACUGUAAUGUUUCUUUACUGUAAUGAUUAUGCAACAACAUUCAAUUUUUGGUGUUUAAUCAGGCAUUGAAAUAACUUUUCCUUUAGGAGUCACGUAUGAAGAAAAGAAUUGGUUUAAAAUUUAUUUUUUUUGCUGUUGUAAAACCUGAGUUUACCUACUUCAGAACAUUAUUGUUCAUGUAUGCACUUUCAGAUCCCCAAAUAAAUUUGAGAUCAUGGUUUCAAGAGAGUAUUAUUUAAUUAACACAAUGUGUACAUUGUACUGAAGACAAUUCACAUUAGGGCAGCAACUAACUAUUGUUGUCAUCAUAGAAUAAUCUGCAGAUUAAUGAACAAAAUGUCUAAUCUAUAAAAUGUCCAGGAAUUGUGAAGUAUGCUCACUAUAGUUUCCCAGAGGCUUUAACAUCUUAAAAUGUCUUGUUAAAUGCAUCGUCCCAAAGAUAUUUAAUUUAUUAUCAUAUGUGGCAAUAAAAAAGCAGCAAAUCCUCAUGUUUGAGAGCCUGGAAGCA